AUGGCCGGUCCUGAAUUCAGUUCAUGGACGCUGAACCUCUCGCACUCGCAGGUUCCAGUUCUGGAGGCCGCACUAGAAAAGUGCAAGCGCUGGCUCCAUCAUGAUCGAACACACCGGAGACCAGAGGCAGAGUGCCAAGCGGAUCCGUUUGCCGUCUUGCACCACGGCCCUUCUGCCGAGGUCUUCGUCAUGCAUUAUUCCGAGAGGUCGCAGGUGCGCUUCCACCUGCGCCAGCCGCCACCGCGCCCAAGCUUUGUACAGAGGGCGAAGGUUGCGCUGCUUCCAUAUCAGCUACUCAACCAUCGCCAUGCAGAAGGCGACGGGGCAGAGCUGCGCGAGGCCACUCGGCAAGUUGCAGGCGCAGAGGAGACCGAGGCUUUGGACGCGCUCGAGGCCACUUGGGCGGUGCUGCGGCCCCUUGUAGAGGAGCUGCUGGCACCGGGCCUGAGGACGGCGGCGACCUCGAAGAUGACAAAGGUCCUUGUGCGGCCGCCGCGGCAGUACAGCCGUGCCUUGAUAGCAUGUGUGGAAUGUGCUGGCCUGGUGCUCAAGAGCUGGCAACUCCUUGAGGUGAUGGAUGUAUUUUACUACCCGGAAAUGCCCGGGCAGUGGAUGGCGUGUUGCGAGCACACCGAUCCUGGAUUGAUCACUGUCGUGAUUGCAGAUGCCGCUGGGCUUGAAGUCCACAGAAACCAUGCAUGGGUGCCGGCCAGCACAGAGCUCCCCAGCGCCGCCGCAAUGAUCGGCGAAGAGUGGGCGCAUGCUUACUUCCUACAGGCAGUGCCUCUCCCGGCUUGCCAACCGUGCCUGCACCAAGUGCAGCUGAACGGUGCUUCGCGAUUGAGCAUAGCUUUUGAGAUGCGACUGAGCCCAGAAGGUCGCGAGCAGUUGCUUCGGGCCCAAGAGGUCUUGUACAGUGACCCAGUGCAAAAGCCAAAGACUAACUGCGCUUGUUUUGCCCCUGUAUCGACGUGGGUUCAGUGGGCGAGCAAGAAAAUGCCAGAUGCCGCUGUGAUUGCCACGGCAUCGUAUGAUGCCGAUGUGCACAUUUGGGAUGCGAGGACCCUUGUGCCGGAACCAGUCUCAACCGUCUCGGUGCACAGUGGCGCUGUGCUUUCUCUGGCCUUCUCAGUGGGGACAGGCUCGGGCAUCAUGCUGGCAACCGGUGGCGACGACGAUCUCAUCACGUGGUUUGGCCUAGCGGACCUGCUGGCUGCAGGCAGGACGAGCAGCGCGAUGCCGAUGCACACCUUCCGUGAGGAGCAAGGAAUCGGCAAGAACAUGGCUGUGCUCGCAAUCGCUUUCUCGGUGGAUGGGAAUUGGUUCGCCGCAGCUGGUCGGGGAGGAGCCGGGGCCUUGUGGGACGUCCAACAGAUGACGAAGGUUCGCAUCCUGGAGCCAGCCCUUGAGACGGUCAGCAAUGCCCAGAUGGCUGCGGUGGCCGGCCUUGCUUUUGCACAGGACGGACAGUGGCUCGCCAUCAGGGGCCCGGGAUCUGUCAAGAUGCUCCCCAUGGCCAACGUGCAGCAGGGCCUGCCAGUCCCCAGCCCCGAGUGGGUCUCCUUCGACGGGCAGGAUUUAGGCCGGGCUGUGCUCACGUGGUCGUCGAUGCAGGGGCCUGAAGGCAAUCUGCCACAGCAACACAUCACGCGCCAUGACAAUGGCACUGUCCUGGCGCUGCAGUUCGCGCCGUGCAACGUCACUGCUGGAUGCGAUGCGCGUCUGCCGGCCAUCCGGGUGGACAUCCAAGUUCCAUACGAGUUUAUUGGAGUUCGCGGCUAUUUCCUGGAGCACAGCUUGAAUGCGGACGACUUGGCAGACGAUUGCCGCGGCGGUGCGGCACAGUCGCAGUGGGAUGAGGAGAAUCCUGCGAGGACCUACUUUGCUCAGCUGGGCUUCGGCAUGUCUGCUGAAGGCCUAGACUGCGAGCGCGUGGGGCCGUCCGAGGGGGAAGGAGGCCGUGACAGCUUGGAGGCUUGCAAGCAGGCUUGCAGGGAGAAUCACUUCUGCAACCUCAUCAACUAUCGCGACAGUGCGCGGAACUGUGAUCUCCGCUACUGCUUGAAUGCGUCAUCGCCCGUCCUGGGAAACAAUCCCGACGUGAAUGCACAUGCACUCAUCGAGUUCGAUGAUACGGAUGAGCUGCUGGACCCCACGCACGACGGAUACGUCAUGUUCGGAGCACCAGAUGCAGUCGGAGAGGGUGGCAUUGCCUAUGGCGGGUGCGCGGCUGGUCCCCACAACAGGCUCGUGGAUCACCAUCCCGGAAACUCAUGUUUCCAGGACUCGAACACUCCGAUGGCAAGUGGCACAGAGCCAUCCCCUUAUGUGCCAAGUUUACUGCAGGCCUAG